GUCAACUGAAGGGAGCUCACUUGUCCCGAGACUCUGGAUUUAACAGGAUGUUCUCAUCUUGUUUUCUGACUUCCCAAGGCUCAGGCUUCCGGAGAUCACCCAGAGGAGGUCUUGGACGCAUUGAGAGACCACCAGUCUCUCGUCACCCUAAACGCCUGUGGCCAUUUUCACAGAGUUCAAAGGGUGAAAAUGCAUCCCGCCAGAACUAUGAAGUUCGGGGCUGUUUGGAAAUCCUCCUGGAGGACGCACGCAAGAGCAUGGUGAAAGACUUAGUGCCUUCUGUGCUUCGUGGGGACACUUGGUUUCUCCACAGGUUUUUCCAAAGCUACCGAUCAGUGGGCACCACACAGCAGGUGCUGGAGCUGCUGUUGAAAAGAUGUGACACCCUCAUGAACUCCUGCCGACUCGGCCACAUCCUCGCCGGCUUAGGCAAAGGUGGUGGACGUCAGAGGCAAGUCAGAGACGCCAUCUCCACCGUGCUGGGCACCUGGCUGGACGCCUACCACCAGGACUUCCAGGAGCCUCCAGAUUUCCCGUGCCUCAAGCAGCUGGUAGAGUACGUGCAGCUGCGCUUUCCUGACUCAGACCUGGAGCACAGUGCACACCUCCUCCUGGCCCAGCUGCAGGACCCGGUUCCCAAGGAGGCCAAGUCUGAGGGGCUCGAAGUUUUGGCAGGCGGGGAAUGGCUCAGGCCAGGCUGCGAUGUGGGGACCUUCUCCUGUGCAGCCCUGUCCUCACUUCUGGAGGAGGAUUCAGCUGGCUCAGAGACUCUGGAGCUGGAGUCAGACCCAGUGCCCUCGGCAACAGCAGAGCCACCCAGGCCUCCCCCUGUGGGUGCAGCACGAAGGGUGGGUCCUCUCUACAACCAGCAGGUGGGCGACAGCUGCAUCAUCAGAGUCAGCUUGGAGGAGGGCAACGGAAACAUGUACAAGAGUGUUUUGGUGACCUGCAAUGACCGCACUCCUACCAUCAUUCAGAAAGCCAUGGAGAAGCACUUCAUAGAGGACAACCCCAAGUACUACGAGCUUGUGCAGAUUGUUUCUGACAGAAAGUGGAUGAAGAUCCCCGAAGACAGCAAUGUCUUCUACGCCAUGAAGUCCACCAGCCCGUACAAUUUCAUCCUGAGACAGCAGACCCUCCUCAGUUGGCUGGAUGUCAGUCCUGGACCCUUGUCAACCUUCCAUCGCUGGAAGCAGAGAAGACUGAAGGCUUUGUAAAGGCACCUGCUAAAGCCCCCAUGGGGGGAUCCUGCUGGCCAGGGCUGGACCAGAGAGGCCCAGGCUGCUCAGGUUACCAUCUGCCAACCUGGCAGCCCAGGCCACCCCACACUCCAGUCUCACCCCAAACCUCUCCCACCUCGAAUUUGCACCUUUCACUUCACAGGCUCGCCGUUGUCUCCCACCCUAAGGUUUCAAAAGAUUUUAGUUUCUGUUGUGUGAAACCAGCUGUGGUGAUUUCGGACACAGAUCAGAAACUAUUGAAGCAGCUACAGACACAGAAAACCCAGGUGUUCUUUCCCUGCAGGUCCCCAAAUACUAACAUUGCUUCCCUUGAUCUCCUGGCUAAUGGGACCCUAAGUUCUGAAAAAGCAAGAUAGGAGAAAGACAUACUAUCUCUGGGACAAUGAAUUGCAUUUCUUCGGGCAUUUUCCAAAAUUUCUGGCUAUGUCAGAAGAAGAAGAAGUUUACAGUCAAACCUUCCACUUGGAAUCAGGAUGUUGUCUUAGCCUUUUCCAGAGCCAGGCAGCUAGGAGUCCAGUUCUCUGCCUCCUGGCUUGGGACAGUUUCAUGCAGUUCACACUCACUAAAUAGCACAAGUGCUCCCCGCAAGGCAUCUUCUGUGCUAGAGACACAACCAGAAAAAAGAGGAAAAUGAAUGACUGCUGACCUGGAGGAGGACAGCAGACCCCUGGGAGGGCAAUAUUCCUAAGGAAUUGCUCAGUGAGAUCCCGUCUUCCACCACAUGCCCUGCAGCGACCUUCACACCAGGGCCCAAUUUUCUCUGUGCAAAUUUAACCAGGGACAGGGCCGCAAGCCAGGGGAAGUCAUAGUGCAGGACACAUACGUGAUGCCUCUGUAGCAGGAUUGUGACCUACAAAGUCUAGUUUGUAAAUAGGUAUGAAGAGGUUUUAAAAAAAUAAAUGGAAAAUUAAGCUGUGAACAUUACAAUUAAUUAAGCCGUAAGCAUUAAAAUUUUGUCUAUUUCUCCCUUUUAAAACAUGCUGAUAUGCCUUAAGCUGUAGUUGUAGAUCCUUGUCACUUUGCUGUUUGUAAU